UGUUUUGGUUGCUUUCCAAAAAGUCCCGUUCUCUUCGUCGUGUAUGUUUUGUUUGAGUAACUUUCCAUUCGUUUCGUAAAUCGUCUCGUCUCUCGUCUCGCAUAGUCGUUGUCGUUUUCGUGCGGUUGGCUGGCUCGUUAUCCUCGCUAUCUGGCUUCUGGCAGCAGCAGAUUGCCUUUUUACAACCAGGCAGACAGCCCUCUGCUCUUCGUGUGUCUCGCCCCGAAUUUGGCCUUUUCUUAUCAGUAGUUCGGCCGUUAUCAGUGUCGCUUCGCUUGUCGAGAGAGCCAUCAUCAUUUUCCGAAAACAAAGCUAGACCGGUUCCAUCUCUAAUUUAUCCCCCGCUGUUCCUCCAUCGACUUUGGCUGGCCAAUUUUCUUGUUUUGUUGUUUGAACAGUGUGCAUUAUCUUUGAGGGAGCAGCUAAUGAGUGAAAGAUAAACCCUCUGCCGCGAUCAAAGAGGGAAGUAGCUGGAAGCAGGCAGCCAGCAUGUCAGAAAACAUCAAGUAUGAAGUGGACAUGAAGAUGGAACCGUCCAGUCCAUCGGAGAAGGAUCGCAGCAUGUACUCGCGUUGUUCGAGCGCGGGCAGUGUCCAUACGCCAACCUCAUCGGCACAUAACUCAGAGGACGAAGAGGAUUCCGGUGAUAACAAGAGUAGCACCCAGAGCUACAAGGAACGUCGCCGCGAAGCCCAUACCCAGGCGGAACAGAAACGUCGCGAUGCCAUCAAGAAGGGAUACGACUCGCUGCAGGAACUGGUGCCCACUUGCCAGCAAACCGAUGCCUCCGGAUACAAACUGAGUAAGGCUUCGGUGCUCCAAAAGUCCAUCGACUACAUCGGGUUUCUUCAUCAGCACAAGAAGAAGCAGGAGGAGGACCGUGCGUCGCUCAACAAGGAAGUGAUAGCCCUGCGUAUUAUACAGAAGAACUACGAGCAAAUGCUGCAACAGCAGCAGCAGUCUCCUGGGAGGACCGAAGCGCGCCUGACGGAUGAAGCCAAGUUCCAGGUGCUCCGGGCCAUAAUGGACGAAAUGUUCGUUACGUUCGACCAGCUGCCGAUGAACGACUUUGCCGAGCUGACUUCCGGGGUCAUUCCGUGGCUGGAGGAGCACUGCAAGCCGCACCUGUUGCGCGAUGUGGUCAAUCGCACCCUCGGUGGAAUCACCUCCCAAUAUGUGGCGCAGUCCAGCAGCAAAGGACACGAUGUUAAGCGCGAAUAAGGGAAUUUGGUGAGUUUUAUAUAAUUGCAAUUUGACUGUAGUGACGUCUAAUUGUGUAAUAGAAAAUUGGAUAUUUUAAUAAAGGAAAUACCAAGCUACGCACAGAA